CAGUGAUCUGCGAACACUAGUCUUCCCACAGCAUUUGCGUUGUUGCAGCUGCAGGCCAAGUCUGCCGAUUGCACAUAAUGACCUCCGGCGCACCAGCGGAACCUACGACAACAGGUUACGCUCCUAACGAGUCCAGGAGAGCUGCGGCACUGCCAACUCGUAUCGAGGAGCCAUUCGCAAGACAGCAACGACUGCAAGAUAGAGAUCCGUGGGCUGCUUCGCGCCCGCCGCCAGCGCUCAGCUUUCCAGCUCCACCGGGGUUGCCAUCUGCCAACCGCACCACGGCGGGAUACCCGCCUUUUUCUACAACACAAGCACAGCGCUGGGCCAGAGAGGAAUGGUCCAGCCGACCAGCAGCGCCAUAUCAAGAGAUCCCAUUGCUCUCGGGCUGGGCGGCAUCACCACUGUCUGCUCAAUUUCCUACCUCGCAGACACCGAUGCCUCCCGGAAGUGAUCGGAGUCCUCGCUCAGGCUACUCAGCGUAUGGAAGCGCUUGGCCCGGACCGCCUCUACGCCGUAGCUCUUCCGAAGAGGCGCGAAUGAGCCCGUUGGUGGGUGCAUACUACGGUGGAGAUGCAGGCUCCAGUGCCGCCAGUCUACAGAACAAGGCUUUCCCCCAGAGACGACCAUCUAACAGAGACGAAUUCGACGGACCAUCCCAGCUCCUCGACAAACCAGACGAUAACGGUAUCGAACCGAAAGAAGAAGAUUUACCCCAACUACCCAUCACUUUAUACGCCCAGGAACAGGACGAGAUUCUAUCCAAAGUAAACGACAGAUUGUCACAAUGUGCGUUCGACUUCGUCGCCAAAUACCAGUUUCCCAUCCCCAUCGAACCCGACAAGCGACCAGUACGAGUACCCGGCGACCGAGAGUGGUCGGAGUGGGUUUACCUUCUGAAGCGACUCGCAACGAAGAGACGCAUCCCAGCACGGGUGCUGUACAACGGUCAAAUCAAACAACUAAUCACGAUCCUCGAAAACAGCUUGGAAAUGAGACAUGCGGCCAAGCAUCAGUCUAGGCCGCUGAAGGACGACAGAAACAUUCUUCAGCUCAUCAGCUCAGGACUACAGGUCGCCAAAAUUUUGAAGGAUGCACCGGCGAUGCAAUAUCUCGACAGUCUGUACAUCCAGACGGAGCGGUUGAUUCAGAGCCGCAGAGCACCAGCGCCCUCGCCAUUCAACACGUCCAUGUAAGCGUGCACGUGAGGGUACUAGAUCACUGCAUUCCCGGACUUCGCUUCAAUGCAGAGGUUUGACGUGGCUAUAGGCUUUCGAUUCUCCAGCCACAGCAAUUCAAUUCCUCGGUGCGACAACCCUCUAAUAUUGCUCCGGGCUCCAAGCACGACGUCACGCUUUACGGCACGGUGCACGAGGCAUGGUCGAUUGCUAAGCUCAGCUAUUGACAGGAAUAAGAGCAAGAUUUCCUUCUAAUGUGUAUUCGAAGUGCUGUAUUCUGUAUCUCUUUUGGUCGGCUUUCUGGACAUAUUAGCCGGCAAGAGACGACAGAUUCGAUCGGCAAGGCGUUUUCCGAGGCGGCGCAAGCACGGAAUCUCUUAUUCGGAGAAACGGAAGACAGACGAAAAAUUCGCCAUCAUCAGAGUCCCCUAGGCUCUGAGCAUGUACGAUGGCAGCGAGAAAGAGAGUUCAGUAAGGAUCGGACAAGUUCUUUGAGAGAGAACGGCACAGCGGGAUGUUGCAGGAUGUUUCAUAGAGUUUUAAGGUUGGAUUAGGACAUGCAGAAGAAAUGUAGGAAAACGUGUGAGAUGUUUUUUUUUUCGAAAAAAGACAGCGCAUCAAAAUCCCAGGCGAGAAGCGAGCUGGGACAGGACAUGAAUACUCGUACGGCACGGCAAAUGCGAGCAUUGGGUGUAGUCGGAACAGAAAUUGCUACCUAGACGCUAGCACUAUUUUCGACGUCCAUUUCCUUUG